UGAACCACAAAAUCAAGCUUAGCGGAGAAAUCUGAGGAAACAUUGUCUGAGUUCAAAAUCGUGAAACUGAUCGAUGCAUCAAAGAGGAAAAUCCAACAACAGUAGAUCAAGGAGCUUCUCUAGAACCAGACUCGCCGUUGAAGGCCAUUGAAAUCUCUUAAACUCCUCUCUCUCUAUAGUCUAUCGUCUCCUUCCCUCGUCCCCUUUUUGAGUUUUCCGACGACCUCUCCUCCUAAUCAAUGGCGACACCUUACAAGGAAGAGAGAGAUAUCCAAAAGAGCUAUUGGAUGGAGAAUUCAAGUGAUUUGACUGUUGAGGCCAUGAUGCUUGACUCCAAAGCUUCUGAUCUCGACAAAGAAGAACGCCCUGAGGUACUAUCUUUGAUCCCACCAUAUGAAGGGAAAACGGUGCUGGAACUUGGAGCUGGGAUCGGUCGUUUCACUGGUGAAUUAGCUCAAAAGGCUGGUGAAGUUAUCGCCCUUGACUUCAUCGAAAGCGCGAUUAAGAAGAAUGAAAGUGUCAAUGGACAUUACAAGAAUGUCAAGUUUAUGUGUGCUGAUGUGACAUCACAGGACCUGAAAAUCACAGAUGGAUCUAUCGACUUGAUUUUCUCAAAUUGGUUGCUCAUGUAUCUGUCUGAUAAAGAGGUGGAACUUUUGGCAGAAAGGAUGCUUGGAUGGAUAAAACCAGGGGGAUACAUUUUCUUUCGAGAAUCUUGCUUCCAUCAAUCCGGGGACAGCAAGCGAAAAUCAAACCCUACUCACUACCGUGAACCAAGAUUCUAUACAAAGAUUUUCCAGGAAUGCCAGACACGUGAUGCCACUGGCAAAUCAUUUGAGCUCUCUAUGGUUGGUUGCAAAUGCAUUGGGGCUUAUGUGAAGAACAAGAAGAAUCAAAAUCAGAUUUGCUGGAUUUGGCAAAAAGUCAGCUUGGAGAAUGACAAAGACUUCCAGCGUUUCUUGGACAAUGUUCAAUAUAAGUCUAAUGGAAUCUUGCGCUAUGAGCGUGUCUUUGGGCAAGGAUAUGUGAGCACUGGUGGAUUUGAGACAACUAAAGAAUUUGUGGCGAAGAUGGACCUUAAACCCGGACAGAAAGUCCUAGAUGUUGGUUGUGGUAUCGGUGGAGGUGACCUCUACAUGGCUGAGAACUUCGAUGUUCAUGUUGUUGGAAUCGAUCUAUCAGUCAACAUGAUCUCUUUCGCAUUGGAGCGUGCCAUUGGACUCAAAUGCUCAGUCGAGUUUGAAGUCGCUGAUUGCACCACAAAGACAUAUCCGGAUCAUUCUUUCGAUGUUAUUUACAGCCGUGACACUAUUCUGCAUAUCCAAGACAAGCCGGCUCUGUUCAAGACAUUCUUCAAGUGGCUUAAACCAGGAGGUAAAGUUCUCAUCACUGACUAUUGCAGAAACGCUGAAACCCCGUCUCCUAUAUUCGCAGAGUACAUCAAACAAAGAGGAUAUGAUCUCCAUGAUGUUCAAGCUUAUGGACAGAUGCUGAAAGACGCAGGCUUUGAGGAUGUGAUCGCCGAGGACCGUACUGAUCAGUUUGUACAAGUUCUGAGGCGUGAAUUAGAGAGAGUGGAGAAAGAAAAAGACGAAUUCAUCAACGACUUCUCAGAAGAGGAUUACAAUGAGAUUGUUGGAGGAUGGAAAGCAAAGCUUGAAAGGAGUACAUCUGGUGAACAAAAAUGGGGAUUGUUCAUCGCCAACAAGAAGUAAAAAUCCAAUGGUUUAGACCCCAAAAACUCUGUAACCUCCUCUUUGGUGAUUCUUUUACCUUCAAUAAAACUGUUCCUUGGAGGACAAUAUUUGCUUGUUUUACUAUCCUGGAACCGUAAGUCGUUAGAGAAAAACUCAUGUGUUAUGUCCA